CUCCCUCCCUCCCUCCCUCCCUCCCUCCCUCCCUGUCUCCCUGUCUCCCUGUCUGUCUGUCUUAAUCUUAAUAGAGAGAUAGGGCUAUGAGGAAGCAAGAACAGGGAGGUGGGAUUGAGGUACAGAAAACAGGCAUGUCAUCUUUGGCACAAGACUAGUGGCUUGCUAUAGAAUCUGUUUUGCUUUCGACAGCCUGUCUUAAUUCACUUAAGACCUCAAGAAAGAAUGUGUAACAUCACUCUGUUGUAGUUUUUGACUUGAGGUGGUCCAGUGCCGGGCUGGAAAUAUGCAGCAGGCAGCCUCUCUCCUGUUCACGUUCUCCAGACCAUCUUCACCUUUUCCCUGGUGUGGGGGACAGGCAUGACAGUAAAAGUGGCCUGGACUUUCUUUUUCAGUUUAUCAUUUGCUUUUCUGGGAAUUAGAAGGUAGGCACCAAGACCCAGGACAGUGUUACUUGUUCUGCAUGAUGUGUGGUGAAUCCCUCUGCUGGCUUACACAGUGAUGUGAGAUACCAGUCAAUGGAAACUGCCCAGGCGGGACAACGUGGAACCCCGGGAGCUCAUUUCUCUCCUUCCUGGGAGCAGUGCUUCAGGGUGGACCUCUGUCACUAGGUCCUCAAGAUACCCUUGUCCCUGGAGGAGAACUAUAGCACAAGAUAAUAUGUGCCAAUGCUAUUUGUGAAAUGUGUGGUCUUUCUAAACAAUUAAAGGGAUUGUUUUUGGUUUUUUAUUUUCUUUUUUUGAACCAAAUCUUAGAGCCAGCUGAGACUGUUCAAUAAUCUGGAGGAUGGGAUAAUGAUGUACCAGUAAAUGUAAGUUCCUCCUUACGACAUAUGCUAGAUGAUGGGAGAUGUAAAAUAUUACCUUCCCCCUCUUCUCUUGACUUUGUAUUUUACUGCAUGUUUUCUUCUUCAUUUUUAAUCAAUAAAGAAUAAAUUGUCUGUAGUGAUGUAUGGAUGCUUUUUUUUAUGGCUGUUGAUAAAGCGCUCUGGGGAGUAGGACUACUACAGAUGAAAUCACUACUUUUAAUUUUCAUGUGACCAGCAUGAAGACGAUGUGUAUAAACAGUAAAAUGAGCUUACUGACGUGCAAAUUUCUUAGUAGAACAGCUUCACACUGCUGUGCUCAAGUUGGGGAAACACAUGCCCCAAUGGGAAGAAUGAAGAGCACCUGAGGAACUGGACAUGAGACGUUAUGAACCAUCUCCAUAUGUCUUGAUUUUGUUCUGAAUCUUUGAUUCUGCUUCUGGUUUUAGACAGGGAAGGAUACUAGAUUCUAGCCAUUGGGAUUCCUUUCAGAAAGUGAAGAGCAGUGCUGAACUGGUCCCUACGGUGCUUAGCUACUGAAAUGGUGUGGCUUUGUGAUCAUAAUCUACCUUUCUGAUCAUGAUCCUUCCUGAUGGAAGUAGCCAGAAUCUAUGGCAGGACUGGCGUUUCUUUGAGAGUGCUGUGGAGCUGGAAACUGAUGAAAGCUCACUUUCAAGAUGAGCAAGUUAAAGAAGCAAACUGUGAGUGUUGUACACAGAGUCUGGGCCAGGUUCUCAGAUGUGACCAUGCUGUGUGCAAGUGGUUAGGUCAGGACCUGUUCUAAUAGAUGGGAGUGUCCCAGCAUGGACACUUAGUUUUACUUUGUCCUUUGGGUCAGGUCAUUAUCCCAUGUUAGUUUUUAAAGUAGACUUCAAUUUUUAGGAUAGUAGAGUUUCACAGCAAAAUCAAGUAGAACGUAUUCCCUACACUUAAACAACCUUUCUCUGCCUCUUAGGCUCCACAUUGGCAUAAUGCUUUUGAUACAGUUAAUAAACUCCAUCUGUGCAUUAUCACCCUAAACCCAUAAUUUACAGUAAGAUUUAUUCUUGCUGUUGUGUGGUCUAUGGUUUUGACAUGUAUAGCGAUAUAGCCACCUUUAUAUAUAAUCUCUUGGCCCUAUAAAUACUCAGUUCUGCCUGCCCUGUUCAUCUCUUCCCCCACUGACCCUUGGGAACGAAUGUUUUUUGUUGGUGAUGGAUUAUUUUUGUUCUUUUCCUGCCACUAAUGAAGGGGUUGAACCUAGGACCUUAUGCAUGUUGGACAAGCACUCUUCCGUUGAUUUUCAUCCCACACGACCCAUUGUUCUUUGUAUAGUUAGCAUCCCUCAGUGUGUAGUCUUUUCAGAUCAGCUUCUUUGGUGUUCAUCUAAAAUUCUUUCAUGUCUUUUAAUAAUUAAUAACUUCUGUUUUUUUAGCACUUAAUUCCAGUGUCUACCACAGCUUAUCACCCACCCACUGAAGGACAUCAUUUGUGCUUCCAAGUUUGGACAGUUAAGAACAAAGCUCCUGAAAUCAUCUUUGUGCAGGGUUUUGUGUGGUCAUGUGCUUUCAACUCAUUAGACAGAUGAGCAAUGAGCAUAAUUGCUGGGUCUUAAGGUAAGAGUAUGUUUAAUUUUGUAAGUAAAUUGCUCAACCAUUGCUGUGGGAUGUUCUGUAUGGCAAAUGUGUUGCUCUGAUUGGUCAAUAAAUAAAACACUGAUUGGCCAUUGGCUAGGCAGGAAGUAUAGGCGGGACAAGGAGGAGAAUAAAGCUGGGAAGUGGAAGGCUGAGUCAGAGAGACACUGCCAGCCGCCAUGAUGAGAAACAGCAUGUGAAGAUGCCGGUAAGCCAUGAGCCAUGUGGCAAGGUAUAGAUUAAUGGAAAUGGAUUAAUUUAAGCUAUAAGAACAGUUAGCAAGAAGCCUGCCACGGCCACACAGUUUGUAACCAAUAUAAGUCUCUGUGUUUACUUGGUCGGGUCUGAGAGGCUGUGGGACUGGCAGGUGAGAGAGAUUUGCCCUGACCGUGGGCCAGGCAGGAAAACUCUAGCUACAAACCAUGUUCAAAAUAGCUGUACUAUUGCAUUCCUGUUGCUCUAUACUCUUGGCAUGCUCUGGUGAUGUUAGUAUUUUGAAUGUGGCUGUUCUGUUAGGUGUACAGUAGUUCCUUAAUUUGAGUUUCCUAAUGAAUGUGCUGUUGAACAUCCUCAUGUAUGUCAACUUGCUUUGUGUAUGUUCUGGAGACAUGGCUAUUCAGGUAUUAUUUUGAAGUAAGCUCAGACUUACAGACAUAUUUGUAAAUAAACAGUACCAAAGAUUCACCUGUAUUUGCUUUAUGGCUUCUCUAAAUGUAAAUGUCUCACAUAAUUAUAUACAUCUAUCAAGAUCAGGACAUUAGCCUUGAUAGGAUACUGUUGACUAAUAUCAAGCUAAUAUCCAGCUCUUCUCACUGUGAGACCCUGGAGAACAUAAUGUAAAUACAUCUUUGCUGGUUAUGUUGACUGAUCCUGUGCUUCAAAAGUGCCCACUACAGUUCUCCACUGUAAAGUUACUGCUUUUCUCUUUGUAGUUAAUAUUUGUGGGGAGAUAAAGUUUGUGACGUUAUGAAUACUUUAUACUCUGUCCAUCUUUCCUGGCUGAUUCUUUCCUAACAAAUGUUAUUUCAUGUUUUCCAAAUGGUUGUUUCCUAUCAUUGUUGGCUUCACUUUUUUUUUUCCUUUUUGAGACAAGGUUUCUCGGUGUAACAGCCCUGGCUGUCCUAGAACUCACACUGUAGACCAGUCUGGCCUCAAACUCACAGAGAUCCGCCUGCCUCUGCCUCCUGGGGGAAGUGUGUGCCACCACCGCUGGUUGACUCCACAUUUUUUUUUUUUUUUUUGUGAUGACUUCACAUUUUUAAACUGGGAUUCUACCGUGAAGAAGGGCUUUUUCUUCUCACUGUGUGUUGGAUCCACUUAUUUACAUAAAUGUUCUGAAUAAGAAUACUCCAACUCGUUGGUGGGAGAGGGUACAAUGGGGGAGUAGUGAGAAGGCAUAAAAGUGCUUUUUAUGCACCAUAUUUGACUUUGCCACUUACUUGAACUGGUCAGGGACGAGGGCAGUCACAUCACUGAAGAAUGCUUAUGUACAUGUGCAAGAGGAAUUGUAGAGGGAGACUUUGUCCUGUGCUCUUGUUAUCAUUGAUUGCUUUGGGGGGUUGGGAUACACUGGGAGUACUUGUAUUUGUUUUUAAUCUAGUAAAAGCACUAUCAGUUUCUCCCUUAAUUAGAACUGAAAAUGCAACACACACCUUUCCUAUAUUCACUCUUGCUUUCUUGAUUUGUCUUUGGUCCUAAAAAGAAAGGGUCUUUUUGUGUGUCUCCUGACCUUCAUGCUGCUCUGGGAUUAGCUAGUAUUACACAGCAACAGAAAAAAUAACAUCAGAAGAUUUACACAGCAGAAGACUAUCAAGGCCACAGCCAAGAAUGGUCUCGUGGCAGAAUUAAUGCAGGCUGGGUUGUACUUUUCUUUGAAAAUUUCAUACAUGUUUAUCUUAGUCAUGUCCACCUUCUACUCCCUAUUUCAUACAUGUAUAUCUUAGUCACACCCAUCUUCUCCCUGUUUCAUAUGUGUAUAUCUUAGUCACACCCACCUUCCACUUCCUACUUCCUACAUGUAUAUCUUAGUCACACCCAUCUUCUCCCGGUUUCAUAUGUGUAUAUCUUAGUCAUAUCCACCUCUACUCCCUAUUUUCCACUUCUCCCUAACACAUCUUCUGUUGUGGAAUAAUCUUUUUGUACACUGUGAAGAUGUGCCAUUCUGAUUGGUUUAAUAAAAAGCUGAAUGGCCAAUUGCUAGGUAGGAUUUUCAGGCACACGGGACACUGGGAAGAAGAAGAGGGGAGUCACAGCCAGACCAAGAGGAAGCAGCAUGGACAGUACAGAGUAAAGGUAAUAAAGUCAUGAAAUAAAAAGUAGAUUGAUAAAAAUUGGUUAAUUUAAGUUGUAAGAGCUAGUUAGUUACAAGCCUAAGCUAUCAGCCAAACUUUUAUAAUUAAUAAGUCUCUGUGUCAUUGGGGAGCUGGCGGUCUUGACAAAAAGAUCCAACUACAUCCUUCCCAACUUUGUCUUCAUUUUGUUGUUUUUAAAGUUUUAAAAGAUGUGUUUAUGUUUAUGUGCAUGAGUCUUUUGCCUGAAUGUAUGUAUUAUGUGCAUCAUGUGCAUGCCUGAUGCCCAUGGAGAUCAGAGAGGACAUUUGAUACCCUGAAACUGCAGUUACAGAUGGUUGUGAACUGCCAUGUGGGUGCUGGGAACCAAAUCUAAGUCCUCUGCAAGAAUAAGAAGUGCUCUUAACCAUUGAGCCAUCUCUCUGGCCUCUUGUUUAAAAAACAGUGAAUAAUCGACUGAAUACAGUUAUUAGACAUAGGAGUUCAUAUGUGCAUGGAUCUAAAGGAGCAUGGUCAACCUAUCAAUGGCCUUUCCUUCAAAGGAUGUCUCUUUCUUCAGCAGCAGCCAUCAACUGCCAUUAGCACCUCAGCUGAGGUGAAGAAGGAGUGUGGGGAGAAGCAGGAACACACCAGAACUUCGCCUACUUACUAGGCAUUGACCAACCUUUUCUCACCCCUUCCCUCCCUGUGCCCCCAGGGACUCUGGUAACCCUAAUGCUACUCUUAUCUUGUGUGAGAUAAAGAUUUUAAAGAUUUCACGUUUGAGAUCAUGUGGUGUUGGUCUUUGUAUGCUUGGCUGUGUUCAGUUACUGUAAUGAUCUCCAGUUUGAAGUAUGUUAUCACAAAGAACAGGAUUUCAUUGUUUUAUGGUGAAUAAUAUUCUGUUGUAUAUAUGUGCCACAUUUCCUUUAUGGACACUUUGGUAGUUUCCAUUUCUUAAAUGCUAGCAUUUCUAACUGGCUUGAUCUUGCAUAGGUCCUGUGCAGGUAACUAACUACAGCUGAAGGAGCUGAUGUGUGCAACAGCCCUGUCAUAUCUGAUGGUCAGCAUCCCGCACCACUCCACCCCAGCCUGCAGCUCGGAGAUUCUCCCCGCCCUUUCUUCUGUGUUGUCCUGUGAGCCUCAUGUGGAGGUAGACACAGAUGUUCCCUCUGGUUGAGAACUCACAGUGAAUAGUUAAGAAGUCUCAAAAUUAACCACUACCCCCUACAACAAGAAGCUUCUUUGAUCGAGACUGAGAGCAUCACACAUACAUGAAUAUAAAAACAAAAGUACUUAGGAGACAGUUUUACAUUAUAGCUAUUUAACAAAACAAAACUCAGAGAUUAUUUCCCAGGGCUUAAGACUUUAGUAGCCAGGGAAUUUGAUCAUGUUCACAGACCCAGGCAUAAAUUUCCUUCUGUAGAGCAGGCCUCAAAUCCAGCUGAGAACCGUUGGGAUAGCCUAUGACAGUCUUGCCACAAUUGCACCAGGAGGUACAUUUUGCCUGGCAUUGUAGCAUGUGGGGAUGAAUGCUGGGUAAAACCAUUGAUAAAGGACUUUUACCGUGUACCUGUCAUAUCCCCACUUCUGGUGAGGUUGCAGACAUGCUCAGAAUCUGAGUUUUUAGUGGUGGGAAGGCAUAAGACUGGGAACUGUUGAAGAUGUUAUAGUUGGAGCCAGUGAGGAUGACAACUACAUCUUGUUGGAGAUUUUGGCCUGGAAAGGUGUUCUUCCGUACUGUUGUGAUGCUGUAUCUGUCACAGCCAAUAAAGCAUUCUCAGAUGAGUGUGGUUUUGUUUUUGUUUUUGUUUCUCUCAGGUUCAUUCUUGUCGGUCUAGGGAGAUAAGGUAUAAGCUGACAGGUGUAGCUUCUCAAAGCUGGUUAAACAUUAACUCAGCUGUCACCACAGCCCAGAGCAGCAAGCGCCCCAAAGCCAAGUUUCAGACCUGCCUGGUGUUCCUAGACUAAGGAGUGAGCAGCAGACAUGGCUCACUUUGCACAGGUCAUGGCUGAAGUGGGCGACUUUGGUCGCUUCCAGGUACAGGUGACCAUCCUGAUGGGCAUCCCCAACUUCCUGUCUGCAUUCUUCGUGUUUAGUCAGAUCUUCAUGGUCCUUGAUGAGGCUCACCACUGUUCAGUGUCCUGGGUCAAGAACCACACUUUCAACCUAAGUGCUGCUGAGCAGCUGGCAGUCAGCAUCCCCAACGACACGGCAGGCAGGCCUGAGUCCUGCCUCAUGUUCCGGCCCCCUCCUGACAACGCCAGCCUGCAAGACAUCCUCAGCCACCGCUUCAAUGAGACCCAGGCCUGUGACUCAGGCUGGGACUAUCCUGAGAACAGGCCUCAGUCCCUGAAGAAUGAGUUUGACCUGGUGUGUGAUCGGAAGAACCUGAAGAGGACUUCACAGUCAGUGUUCAUGGCUGGACUCCUCGUUGGGGCCCUUGUCUUUGGGCCCGUCUGUGACUGGAUUGGCCGAAGAGCCAGCAUUCUGCUGCAGCUGUUUUUGUCAGGCCUCAUAGGCGUGGCCACAGCCUUCGUGCCCAGCUUUGAGCUCUACAUGGUUCUGUGCUUUAUCUCGGCUACUGCUGUCGCUGGAUAUAUGAUGAGCACCAUGAUCUUUGUUUCAGAAUGGGUGGGGCCGUCCUGGAGAACAAAAGCCAUGGUCCUGGCCCAGAGCAACUUUGCCAUUGGAUUGAUGGUGCUAGCAGGCCUGGCCUAUGGUGUCCGCAACUGGAGACUCCUUCAGCUAAUAGGCACCACACCAGUCUUCUUGCUUGUCUUCUACUUCUGGGUUUUGCCAGAAUCUCCACGGUGGCUCCUCUCCCAAGGAAAGAUAGAGGAGGCCAAACAGCUGGUCCAGAAGGCAGCUUCAGUGAACAGGCGGCCACUUUCUCCAGAGCUCCUGAGCCAGCUGGUCCCUGAGAAGACAGGCCCCUCGGGGAAUGCCCUGGAUCUCUUCAGACACCCCCGUCUCAGGAAGGUGACCCUGAUUCUCAUUGCUGUCUGGUUUGUGGACAGUCUGGUGUACUAUGGCCUCGGCUUCCAAGUGGGGGACUUUGGCCUUGACAUCUACCUGACACAGCUGAUAUUUGGGGCAGUGGAGUUGCCUGCCCGCUAUUCCAGCAUCUUCAUGAUGGAGAAGCUGGGUCGCAAGUGGAGCCAGUUAGGUUCUCUGACUCUGGCAGGCGUCAUGUGCGUCGUCAUCAUCUUCAUCCCAGCAGGUCUCCCCACGGUGGUCACUGUGUUAGCCGUGGUGGGGAAGUUUGCCUCAUCUGCUGCCUUCACCAUAUCCUAUGUGUACACUACUGAGCUCUUUCCCACCAUCAUCAGGCAAACAGGCAUGGGGUUGGUGAGCAUCUUCUCCAGGAUUGGGGGCAUCAUCUCACCGCUCGUGAUGCUGCUGGAACAGUACCACAGGGCACUCCCCAUGCUCAUCUUUGGCAGCCUCCCGAUCGGGGCAGGCCUACUGUGUGCUCUGCUGCCUGAGACACGGGGCCAGACGCUGAAGGACACCAUCCAGGACCUGGAACAGGGGUGCCUCCCACGAUCUUCAGUGGCACAGUCUCCUGAGAAACAAAUGGUGGUUAAAGGAAGAAGUUCUAGCCUCAGGGUUCCCAUCGGCCAUCCUCCUCCUUCCAACUGUGGUUGUUAAGGGCUUGUUCAUUUACAGCAACAGAUCACACAGUGGAUACCGCUGGGGCCUGUUUUGAGGGAGGGACAAGACCAGCUUGUUGGUCAGAACCAGCCUCUCUCUCUCUCUCUCUCUCUCUCUCUCUCUCUCUCUCUCUCUCUCUCUCUCUGAAGUAUUGCCUAGUACCAUGUUUGAAUUAGGAUCCUGGGUGUGUCUUUGUCUUUGCCUCUUGGAUUGUGUCUGUGCCAUGUCUUGGUGAGCAGGAUCACAGAGGAAGUAGUGUAUGCAUAUGUAAGAUAUCAAUCACAGCACAAGCCAGAGCUUGGGGAAGCACCAGUAACGGUCUUCUCCUUGUUCCCACCUCUUAAACCUCCCACUGGGAUUCACAUUGUCAUACCUGGGCCCAAUGUCAAUGCAAACCCUUGGAGAACACUGUGAAACUAUUUCUAGAGCGUCACAGAUUCUUUGAGAAACUUCCUCCUUCACACUUGGUCACCUUCUCUUGUCAGGGUGGGUGUGAGCAGUGCUGUACCUGUACUCUGUGCAUCCAGUCAUGGCUAUUUCGUACUGUUCUCUUUUGAAAUCAUGGACAAACAUGUUCUUCAGCUUCCUACCAUUACCAUACUAUGCCCCUCUAAUAAAAAGAAUACAUACAGAAAUGGGAAAGUGCAUUUCAAGGCUGAAGCCGUUUACUUCUCUGAGUGAUGUGAUUAUGUAUGUGCUCUCUCCUUGGCAGUGAUUAUCCUGGGAAAAGACUUAAAGGCAUCCUUUAUUGACACAGCCAUAUUGCAAGUGUUUUCCUGUUGCUUUUGGUUUUGUUGUUUGUUUUGUGGUAUGAGCUGUAUUCCCAGACCUGCCUUUGGGGUCUUUGUAGACAUUAUCUUUUCCAUUUCUUAGGUAUUGGAUGUCUGGGGAUAAGUGUUUUCAUUGUGUAAUGUUUAAUUUUCAUUGUCAACCUGACUGGAUUUGAAUCAUCAUGAAAGAACUACCUGGGUAUGUCUGUGAAGAUGCUUUUAGAAGUCUAACUGAGGAGGAAAACCCUUCCUGAAUGAGGGCAACAUUAUCCCAUUGGCUAAGGCCCUGGGUGAAUAAAUAAAAAUAUGGAAGGGAGCUGAGCAGCCGAGUUCAAGUCUCUACUUCCUGCUACAAUGACUUCUCUGCAUUGAUUUUUCAUGACUCCCUGAAUGGAACUGUACCCUCAAACUGUGAGCCAGAGUAAAUUCUCCCCUCACUUUCUUUGCUGAGUAUUUUGUCACAGCAAUGAGAAGAGUAGCACAGAAAAUUGGUACCAAGGUUAGGGGCUUUCUGUGAUAGACCUGAUCAUGCAAUUCUUAGGCCUUCAGAAAUGGUUUGCAAGAGGAAUACAAGAGUUUGAAACUUUAGGCCAAAGGAUCCCUAAAAUGCUGUAAGCAGAGCUUAAUGGACCAUUCUAGUAGGAGCUUGUAAGACAAAAACAUUAAGAGAAAUGCAGGUAGUCUCAUUCCACUUUCCAAAGGGAAACAAGCACUCCACUGGAAUUGGACUGGAUGCCUUUGAUGACACAUUCUGUCAAAGAGUUUGGCUGCAUUUUAUUCCACGAGAACUUGAACGAAGUCGAAUUCAAAACACUUAUGAGAUUCCAGCCAGUACACUAUCAGGCUCUGAUGUGACUAUUGCUUAUGUAUUCAGAUCUGCAGUAUGAGAGAGCAGAAAGAUAAGAAAAAUGUGAACUUUGUUGGGAAUGUACUGUGAGCAAUUUCAAGUUGCAGAUAAAGAAAAUGCCGGCAAAGCACUAUUCUUAAUUUUUAGAGGAAUUAGCACCAUUAAAGAGAAUGUAGAGACAGUAGAAAAGGUAUCUUUAAAGAUAAGCCUCCACCUAUGAAAGGCUGGUAUUUGUGAAAAUACAGGUUCAUUCAAAGGAAGAGCCUGACCUGAGUCAGAACGGUGCGGAAGGAGUUCCCCUGUUCAGAAACAGCCAAAUAAAGAAAUGGUUUUCCCAGGGUGACCAUACAGAGGCCACUGCAAACUCUUAACUGUCAUCCAAGGGUGCUAGGCAACAUCUCAAUCUGGCAACAGGACUUUGCAGCAUCAUAUACAUGGUACUCAUUCUGUAAGCACAAAAGAUAGAGAAGUGAAGGGUCAGGGAUGCUUGCAGCAAGGUUCCAGAAAGCUGCUGAGGCCAAGCAGCAUGUGAUGGGUUUAGAGUCCCUCCAAGGAGACUUUUAGCGACCAUUAUAAAUAUCUGUUAAGGUGUAGAAAGCAGACACAAGACAAGAGGCAGCCCAAGUGAGCAGUUUGGGGUAGUGGGCUGGGGCUGCCCCAGGCUAUCAUUGGAGCCCUUCUGAGUGUAUUUACAAGUGUCCUGGUCCUUUAUCUGCUGUCAGGUAAAGGUCUGUCCUUAUCAGUAGCUAAUUGAAGGUCAUACCUGCCUGUGUUGUGAAUCAUGUCCUCUAGGUAUGACAUGGCCACAUCAGAGCAGCUGUGAUUCCCAGUGUGAGAAUGUGAUAGGAUAGGAGGGUCACUAGACCUUGGCCUGAGAUUACAGUCUCUGCAUGCCUUUUUCCUCCACACUGAUUUUAUGUUAUCUGUUCCUGAUGCAUGUGGCCUUGAGAGAUGCUAGAGUCUGCAGAAGGGUGAAAGUUCACACUGUUUAUUCAGCUUUUAGGAGGUUAUCACUCAUCUAGGAUUGGAUUUUCAGUAUACAACUGUUGAAGGUUAUCCACGCCUCUGUAACACCUCGUGCAUACUUAGUAACCCAGUGAACUCACUAGUUUACCAAGGUGGACUUGGGUGGAUCAUUUCUGUUCUAGACAUGGUGGUCUGUAGUGUGAAUAGAUGCUUGUUCACAUCUCCCUAGGGAAGUAAUGCUGUUGUGUGUUCUUGUCUGUAUCUUGACAAGUACAACAGAGGGUCUUGAUAGGGAAAGACAGGCUAGCAUGUGGUGUGCCAUCCCUGUCUUCAGUAGGGUGCUGUUGAAUAGAGAAUAGCUUUUACUCUGGGGACAUGGUAGCGGUGGGACUACUGCUCAGCUCUAUGGUUGUCAUUGUUGAAACUGGUACAGGAUCCAGAUCUCAAACAUAGAGGGCAGGAGUCUCCCCAAUCUAGACCACAGAUUUACUAUUUUAUAGUGGACAAUUUCACCUAGUAUUGUGGUUUAGAUAAGAAAGGCUCCCAUAGGCUUAUAUAUUUGAACACUUAGUCACCAGGGACUGGAACUGUUUGAGAAGGAUUAGGGAGGUGUGGCCUUGUUGGAUGAAAUAUGUCGCUGGGGUGGGCUUUGAGUUUUCAAAAGUCCAUGUCAAGUCCAGUGUCUAUCUUUAUCCUCCCCCAACCCCUAACUCCCUCACCUGUAGAUCAGGAUGUAAACACUCAGCCUCAUUCCUGGUUGUCUGCUGCCAUGCUUCCUGUCAUGAUAAUGGCCUAAUCUUCUGAAAUUGUAAGCAAGACCUCAAUUAAAUGCUUUCUUUUGUAAGAGUUGCCUUGGUCAUGGUGUCUCCUCACAGCAACAGAGCAGUAACUUAGACAGCUAGUAUGCACAAGGUCUUGGGUACUAUUUCUAGCAAUAAAAACACAGUAAUGGGUGAUUUUGUAGGUCACUUUACACUAAUCCUCUCAGAUUCUAUUCUUGGACGCCCCGACUAGAGAUUAAAAGCAAAAGGGUCUAGCAAUCUGACCCCCUGAGAUUAAGACCACUACCCUGCUGUUCUGUGAAUCUUGAGUUCUCUCAAGAUGAACAGCAAAAUCAACAUAAAAUUCUGUAGCUUUUCUACAUAUCAGUAGGAAACAUGCUGAGAAAACAGGAAAAUCAAGGAAACACACACACAUAAUCUUGGCAAAGGGAAUGAAAGACUGCUACAGUAAAAAGUUUAAGGCACUAAAGAAAUUGAAGAAGAAGGUAGAACAUGGGAAGAUGCCUCAUGCUCAUGGAUCUGCAGAAUUAAUAUUUUGAACAUGGAUAUAUUACUAAAAUCAAUCUAUAGUUCAAUGUCAUUUUUCACAGAAUUUUUAAAGAGUCUAAAAUUCAUAUGGAAGCACAAAAGAUCCUGAUUAGCAGAAAGCAAUGAUGGAAGUAUUGUGUGUAAACCAAUGUAAUACAGCAGAGAACCCAGAAAUAAACCCAUGCAGCCAUAGCCGUAUGAUUCUUGACUUUAGUGCCAAAAAUAUGCAUUAGAGAAAAGAAAGUCUCUUCAACUGAUGGUGCUGGGAAAGCUGGGUUUGACAUACAGAUAAUAAACCAAAUACUUAUUUCUCACUCUGAUGUGGAAUAAUCCUUUUGUACAUUGUGGAAAUGUGUUGCUCAUUCUCAUUGCUAAUAAAAAGCUGAUAGGCUGAUAGUUAAGCAGGAUUUUUCAGAGCAGAGAGAAUGCUGGGAAAAAAAAGGACAAAGUCAGAGGAGUCACAGGAGAGACACACAGGAAGCAGGAGAUGAACAUGCUGUGCUGAAAGAAGGCACCGCUACGUGGUAGAGGGUAGAUAAGAAAUAUGGAGUCAG